AUGUCGUCGAAGCCCCAACUGUUCGCCACCAUAGACAUUCCCGGUGGUUUCCCCAUGGCCAUUUGGGAUCAUGUGAACAAGUAUCAAGGUAAUUAUUACUACAACCCUGCUGGUGACGUCGAGACUCGAACCUGCACCGAGUUGGAUAUUCUCCAUAUUUUGGCAGCCAUUCAGAACAAGCCAGACUGGUGGACCAAGGUGUCCAAUGAGGACACUACAAAUCGCUGGCGCGAUGAGGUCAUGGAAUCCUUGGAAGAAAUACAGGAGAUGCAAGAGCGUCAACCUGAUGAUCUUGAAGACUACAACCAGCAACUCUUUGACUUUGCCCUGGCGGAGACUCAGUGGAAAGCAAAACGGAUCCUUCAAAACGGACAAGAACAACAAGCCAGUGUUCCUGCGGCUGUGGAGGGAGUGUUCUGUCGACAAGCUGUCAGUGAUGGGUUACUCCAGAAACUCGGUCGGCACAUUGCCACUUUGCGGAGUCGUCCUGCAAUUGGAUCUGAUUUGGAAGAUCGUCAUCCCGGAACGCCGCAAAUGGUGGAUCUGAUCCAUCCGUCUUUGUACUGCUAUGAACAAGGUACAACCAUGGUUCUAGAAGGAGUGGGAUCAGAAGCAGUCUGUCAACCUGGCAAUUGGGACAAGUUCCUUGGGGCAGGCACAAUCAAAGAAGAGAAGCGACUAACACUGCACGUCCAUAGCGAUGCCAUAUCCAACGCUGGGCUGCAGUGGCUCCCGGCUGAAUUUCAUGUCAAUAAGGAGGGGAAAGAAUGCAACAUUUCAAGCUACAUCAACUCACUACAUCCUGUUGAGGAUGCUCGCAUGUAUUCUUCAAUCUCAGGACUGUUUCUGGAGGCAUGGAAGAUGCUCUCACACAAUCAUUGGAGGACAAGUCCAAUCCAAAACCUCUCCGUGUGCCGGUCCCUGAUUGCUGGACCUGAGCCACCAACAGAGAAGAACAAUCCUGUGUCCCUGCGGGAUCGUCCCUUGCAAGUCAUUGUCAAGAUUGCUUCUCUGGAACUAGAACCAGGGGAGUCAUAUGCUGGAGGAGCUUGGCAUGUGGAGGGUGCACUGGAUGAACGAAUAGUGGCAACUGCUUGCUGCUACUUGGAAUCCAGCAAUGUUUCUGGUGGAGAUUUCGGAUUCCGUGUUGCUGUGGGAGAACCUUUCUAUGAGCAAAAUGAUGGCAAGGGAGUGAAAUUCAUGUACGGGCUGGGCGACGACCAACUCAUGGUUCAAGAGAUUGGAACAUGCUCCACUCCAGCUGGGCGCAUUUUGGCUUGGCCCAACACGCUGCAGCAUUGUGUGGGUCCAGUGGACCUCGUUGACCCUGAUCAGAGUGGCAAACGAACUAUUUGCUGCUUGUUCUUGGUGGACCCAACACUUCGCAUCCGUUCCACAGCAACUGUACCGCCACAGCAAAUUCCAUGGUACUCUGACAAGGUCAAACCAAUCCUUGGAGAUUCUGGUCUUGUCGAACAGGGUAUUCAAAAAGAAAUUGUGUCAUACAUGCCCAUGCCAGGAAUGCUCACCUACGAGGAGGCCUGUGAGCGCCGUGGGCGUCUCAUGGAAGAACGAAGUGCUCUAUGGACAGAAGGCAACUUUUGGGCUUACCUUUCCACAUUCAGCCUCUCACCCGUCAUUUUCUCGAUGCGUCCUUCCUUUGUUUGCACCGGCAGAAAACUAUACAAACUAUCGCGUCGAAGAGAACCAAAACACCGUGGGUGCCGCAGCAACCUCUAG